GUGUUGAGGGUCACCACGCUUUGGCCACUCGAGCAAUGACUUGAACCAUUAUCUCGAACCAGACAGGAUUAUUAUCAUCAUUCAACGAAGUCGAUCGUCAUGGCUCGACCAGGAGUUGCAAGCAGUGACACACCUACUGCCCCAGAUUCACCCAGGGAUGGAGAUUCGCCGCCUCCCGAAGGCGUUCAAGGAGAACUAGAGUCAGAACUGUUAGGGCUUGCCAAUGCGCUGUAUAACCUUGGGACUACUGUGGUUAAUGAUUUGACAAAGGAAAAAGACCGACCUGGAGGUGGGAAACAGGUCGGGCUUAGAGUGAACGAUGUAAUCAAUCACCUUGCUACACUUGACGAUAUGUCACAGCAUGUUCCGACCAUGAUCCCUAUGCAAGUCCUUGAUGAAAUCGACAAUUCGCGUAACCCGAUGAGUUUGACGAGGGAGAGAAUAGAGAGAGCAGCUACGGAGAACCAGUUCAUGAAUGGGAAAAUUCAUGCGAUACAUUCCUAUCGCAGGUACCUCGAUGAGGCUCUUGCUCAAUCCUUCCCGGAGAUUGCGCAGUACCUAGAGCAGCCGCAUCCGGAUUCAAUGCUUUCGGGAUCACCUUUGAAUCCAUCGACUUGAUUUCUGAAAGUCAGGAGCUUCUGAAGUCCUUCCUACGCUCAGUACACAGGCCGACAAGUGCGCCUAUUCUUCCAGUUCGAUUUAGAUGCGGUUCAGAAACAACCAUUUGUGUUCGUCGUUACGAUAGGCCUUAUAUUACUUCGUAUUCGCGAUCGCCGUAAUUGAGAAGCCUA